AUGGAUAAGAAAAUAAAAUUUUUUAUCCUUUCAUUUUUCAUAUCAAUUCAAUUCCUAGUAAUAUUAUACUAUAUUCCUAUUGGUAGAGAAUCUUCAUACAUAUCACUGGAACUUAAUGUUGAUAAAGAAAAUGAACUAAUACAAAAUUAUUAUCGAGCCAAUGUUACUGGAUUUGUCGAUCCUCUUAUUGGAACGGCUAACGACGGACAUGUGUUCCCCGGUCCUUGUCUCCCUUUCGGAGUUGUUAAAGUAGGGUUCGAUACUGAAGGUUUGGAUUCUAACUCAGGGUACACAGUCGCUGGACAUAUUACCGGAAUAUCUCACCUACAUGUUAGUGGAACGGGAGGUGAGCCAAAAUAUGGAGUGAUAAGUCAAUUUCCGGUGGUGGAUAAGCCAGAUAAAAAUAUUAGUAUAAAUGACUACUCUUCACAAAGAUCGUUUGAAUAUUUCGAAGUUGGUUAUUCAAAAUUUGGAUUAAAACGUUAUAAUAUCAUGGUUGAAUUAACUGCAAGUC